AAGUAGUUUCCCAGAUGAUAAUAUAGACGGUGUACUCAGCACUUUUUAUUUCGAAGUAUGAAAAGGUUUGAAGUGUGAAGCAAAGGGACUCUGUGGCAGCAGAUACAGCCGUCAGCCGUCCUACCAGUACCAUAUCGCCGCUGCAAACGAUGCUUGGAUGGACUUCAAUCUUCUAACCAAUCCGGUAGCGCAGAUUUGGGAGGAGACAACGUUCCCGUCCACGAUUGGGUACAUGAGCUUAGUCCAGGCAGUCUCAGGGGCUCCGAAGGUGCCACGACUUGGCCAACACGUGCCCGCAGCAAUCUUGCUUAUCAAUUCCACUGCCACUGAUAUGAUCAUACGAUUUAAGCAAAAAAUAACCUGAAACUAUGUUGCAUCCCCCAUGGGAAUCAUCAGUGCUUGGUGGGCUACCGGUACGGUGUAUUAUGGAGAAAUGUGGGAUUGAGUCCGCAGGCCUCACAGAUAUUGUUGCAAGAGUUGAUUAGCUUCUCUGGUGAGUCUCUGGAUCCUUUCAGGACUUGAGUUGCUCUCUAUUGCAAAGUUUAAUUAAGUCAGUUUCUAUGGGUUAGAUAGACUACUAGCUACCGGUAGCAACCAUUGCGUUGUCGUGUUCCUGCACCUUGGGGUAAUUUCCUCCAAAUGGAAGAAAAAGCUCAAAGUUUAAUUGUUCAGAAAAUGUAAAAUGAAGCAAAGAGACAUGCAGGACUCCACAAGGCCUGUUGAAGUUGAAUAAUCUGAAUCUGAAUUCUCAGAGCCUCUUAGAGCCUAUUCUAGGCUCUUAGAAUUAAGAUUGGAAAAUUGAAAACUCAGAUCCCAGUGUAAAUUAGCUAGAUAUUCAAUCUGGUUUUUCAGAUCUGAAUUCUAAGAGCCUGUUGUAAUUUUAAGAGCCUAAUUAGGCUCUUAAAAUUCAGAAUAAGAUUGGUCAGCUUAAAUAGGCUGUUUCCUUUUCGGUCUGGGGAACAUAUUUUUGAAGAAAAUGUUUUUGAAAAAAGGAGAAAAGACUCAAUUUGAGUGGAAUACCUCAAGGUGCUGAGCAAGUUGGUUGUGUAGUGGUACACGGUGGUACAUUUAUUUAGACUAGCGCCAAGGUCAAACCCUCCCCAGUGACGUAUCAAUCCUGACUGACAAACGUAAACGACUGCUUGAAUAAGCUGGUACAGCUGUACUCGUACUCUUAGUACCUGGUACCGGUACCUGGUACCGUAUACACCGGACAUGGACCGUUCCUCUCACCGCACAGCGAGAGAUCUUUUUUGCCGUUGUUGCACACUCGUAUCUAAUUCUCCCUGCCUCAGUCGGAUAGACUAUCUAUGGCAUACUGUUAGACCAUAGCUAGCCAAAGUAUUUUGUUACUUCUUACAACAAAAGAGCAUUGCAUCAUGCCAACAAACAACAACAAGAAGAAGAGGGAAAAAAAGAACAAGUCGAAAUGGCCUUGGGAGCCAGAGGAGGAGGCGCUCUGGGGCCACGAGAUUCUGGCUGCGUAUGGGGCAAUCUCCGAGUUGGAUCGCAAGGUCCACAAGACCAUUGUGACGGGUAUCCCUGAUCCAACGAUUUCAGCAGAGGACAUCGCACUGGGUACCAGAAGAAGGACAGGUGCGGAACUUCCACCGUCAGAAUCGGCAACUCCACGAAUACCGGUACCAACAACCAACACCAAAGUCGACGGAAAGACUUCGCGCGAGAACUCUGUUGACAACCAGAAGUCCCAAUUCAGUCCUACCAUUGUUAAUGGUGGCAGUAUCCAAGAGAAAAGACGUGCGGCUCUUAGGGAGUCGCGGGAGACAGAAGUCGAUCUCACGCACAAACAACGCCUUGAUGAGCUGCAAUCCAAAGAUCCCGACCUUUGGGCCGAAAUUGACAUCAAGAAAUUCCGAAAACUUGUGCACAAGGACAAUCAACACCUUCGAGAUACGCAGCUGCCACCGGGAACAUUUCGAGUGCCGGUCAAGCCAUAUCCAGGUUGUCCCUACCCGUGCCAGCUUUGUGGAACUCCACUACGGGCAGGUGUUUACACAGAGGAUAACAUUUGCUUUUGUCGACCAGACGGGGAUUAUGAAAGCAAAUCUCUCCAAUGGGCUCUGGACAGCGAUCUCUAUGAACGUGCCUAUCAAGAGAAGAGAUCCAUGUUGAUUGCCUGCACAAACUGCUCCCUCCCCAAGCCAUGGGGGGGUGGACCACCCAUCACCUCCUCCUCUUUAUCCAGUGACUACAAAAAUAUUGAUGCUGUUGCAAACGUUCAAUAUCCAGGCUACAACAUGGACCCUGCUUCUCUUGGGCCUUUAUACGCUCAAAUGAUUGCGGCCAUGGGUGGUAUGGAUCUUCAUGAUCAAGCAGAAAUGGAUGAGGAACGCGCUUGGAUGCACGAUGAUAGGAACACGAACCAUGGGUUUACAGAGGAUGAAACCUACGAGCUGCUCUGUCAAGGUGUGAAGCCUUGGGACGAUGACGCUCGCGACGUUCUGGCUGCUCUCAAUGGAGCGUAUGACCACUAUGACGACUACUAUUAGCUUCAUGUAAACAGCUGGCUCCAAGGGGGUACUGUGCACGUACAUGUAGGUCUAGCUAGAAAGAGCCCA